AUGUCCGGCGCCCCGGAUCCCACACAGGGUCUCGGCGCCCUGUCUUCGGCGGCACAAGCAGAUGUGACGUCGCCUCCCCCGUCUACUAGUGGACCCUCCUCGGCCGCUGCUAUCGCUGCUGCAGCUGUGCUACUCCAGCAGCAGCAACAACAACAACAGUCCAGCUAUGCUCAAGGUGGUAGUGGGAAGAAUGGCAGUGAAGAGGAUGCUAGAGCGAUGGAUGAGGCUUUCAUGAGAUCCCUUACUGUUACACCCGUGCCUCCCGGUGACUACACUGAAGAGGAGAAUAUCUUUUUGGUGGAUCAGAUGACAAAACAUCGUGCCCAACUGAGAGGGAAAUUCGAGGGUAUGGUGAGGACUCGCAACAAGAUCUAUCAGAUGAUAGCAGCUGCGAUGAACAGAAGAUUUCCAAAUGCUCAACCUAAAAAUUACAACUAUGAUUCGGAAUCGACGUCUUCGGCAGAGCAUGUAUUGGACGGUUCCUGGGUGGACGGCAGAGGUCAUGUCUCGCUCGAGAAGUUGCUCGAUAAGAAAUCUGAGUUGGAGAUAGCCCUGAAGCAGGCGGAAUUGGUGAAGGUGAGGCUUGAGAGAGAACUGUUGGCGAUGGACACGAAGGACGCCUUGGCUGGGGUGCCACCCGGUGCCACAGCUGAUGACUGUGGUGACGCGGCAGCUACUUAG